UGUCAAGCUAAACAAGAAGGCAGAAGGAAUAAAGGAAAGUGAACGGAGUAAUAGUUGGCAGAUGUGCACAGCAAUGCAUGUAUUAUUUUAUUUAGUUUUUGAGGAUGACUAUAAUUAUUACCUAGUAUUAAAGUUGAUAUUUUUAAAAGUAAAAUAAACUAUACAUCGUAAUUGUUAUAAAUAAUUGGCUAGGCUAGACUUACACCUACUGAGCCUACGCUUACUCUUGUUUAUUUUUAGUAUUGUUUAGUGUUUACAUUUUUAAAACUAUUUAGUUUAGUAGUAUUUAUUAGUAUUUAACACUUUACAUGACUUGACAUAACAAAAAGUAAAUUAAAUUAUUUUCAUUGUUGAAUAAUUAGGGUAAUCAAUAAAGACGUUGAUUUUUCAUGGGUUAAAACAGUGAUCAAUAAUUCAAUUGCAAUAAAAAAAAAUGUAAAUAUAAAAAAUUUACUAUAUACUAUAUAAUAUAAAAUAUAAUUAUAUAAUAUAUAUAUAUAUACUAUAUUAUAUAUUUUAUAUUCUAAUACCAUAUUCUAUAUUACUAAAUAUUUAUACUAUUAAAUUAAAAUCAAGUCACUAGUGUAGGAUAUGAUUAUACUCGUUAUAUAUUAUUACACUUAGACUUACACUAAUUACUAUAUUUUAGUAGGACUUCACUAAACGGCGCGCCAAUCGAUUUUUCGGCUGUCAGAAACAGACCAUAAUCCGAUGACCGGUCAAUGCCGGUAGGUCACGGGGUCAUAUUAAAAUCUAGUUUCCUUUGUCUACGUAAGGGAGAGACAAUGAACUUGUUAUAGUCUGUUAUACUACCCUUCUACAACUUAACUAUGAGCAUUGAUUGAAGGAUUUGUUGACUGAUACUGAUACAUACAUGUAUACCCCCAAACUCUUAAAAUCGUACAAUUCACUACAUCAUUACAAAAUCGUUCAGUACAUUAUCUCUAUAUUAAAAAAGAAACAUACAGUAUAUAUAUAAUGUAUACACCUCAAAAUCGUACAUUGUACGCCAAAAUCGUAAGAGUUAACAGGCCUGCUUAUAUUAUUAUAUGAUUCUUACGAUUACUCCACUGUUAUUAGUUCUUUAAUCUUUAGUAUUAGUGUUAGUGGGACUCAUUCUUUUUACUAAACUAAAUUGGGAAGACCGAUUCCCCUGUUGAAUUCCUUACAAUGACUAUACACUGAAAAUUCCAUCAGUACCAAUGUUUUUCUUUUCAAGAUGUUUUUGAACUUUGUUUGGGUAUUGUAUUGUUGAGAUAUUAUAAAGUAAAGUUUAUUAAUUGCACAUAUUCAUUCUUGGAUAGUUAAAGUCAAACACUAGUAAUUUUAAAUUGGCUGAUAAAACGUCUCUAUGAAUGCAUUGAUGCAUCGAAACACUGUCUGGCCAUAAUACUGCCUUCUUCAUCCUUGCAAAAGUCCUGUACCGGUAUAAGUUAGUACAAGCUUCUGCCAAUCCCUACUCGGUCCCACAUCUAUCUUCCAAUCAAUACCAUUUUAAUUAUCUUAUUUAGCAAUCUUAAAUCGUAUUGAAAACUGUUGGUGGCUGUCAUUUUUCUCAGCAUGAUUAUAGAUAUGUAGGAGAUAUUCUAUUCUUCAUCAGUUUUGUCAAAUAUGUAUCUUACUUACAUAAUACAUUAGAUUUAAAUAAUAUGACAUGUGAGCGAACUUUCUUGAAAUGGUUAUGAAGAAUAAAUACAGUGUAGUCUUCACUCUAUAAAAGAUUUAGGACAUAUUCAUUAAAAUUAUCUACUAUCGCCACAUGUAUGCUCUUUAACUAUGUUUUUGCUUCAACUAUACAUGCCAACCUGUAAGAUCAAAAACUGACCAAAAAAUUUUUUAAACACACAAAAAACUGUUGAACAUGAAAAAAAAAUGAAAAGUCAAGUAAAGUUCGAUUUAUAACUUUUUAUAUUUAGUUAUCAAUGUUUUGAAUGCAUGAAAACUUUUGCUUCAUAAUAAUUUCUGGAUUAGUUUGAAAACCCAAACAACAAGUGUGAUAUAGAUGUCAUUGCAAUGAAAUUUGCAAAUAAAAUCUUCGCUCUUGUAACUUUAUCAAAUAGAUUAUCUAUAUUUUGGAGCUAGAAUGAAAAGGAUUUAGGCCUAAUAAUAGAGUUGUAGAGGUAGAAUUUCCCUAUAUUCCCAUAAAGUUAUGUUCAAGCAACUAUGUUUUAAAAUGUGUGCCUCUGUGUCACUUAAAUGUCUUUUUUGCAAAAUGCAUGUGAUGAUCUGUUGGUGAGGUAUGGAUAAUUUCAGGAUAUUCAGUCAUAAUUGAAUUGUAGAGUAGUCAGUUUAAUAUAAAUCUGAUAGUAUUCAGUUAUUGUGGAUAAUAAUAUUGUCAAGUAUUGAUUUAGUUGAGCCAGCUCUCUACACAAGUAUUGGUUCAACACAGUAUCUGUUUUAACAAUCUAGGGCAGGAGUCUGGAACUUUGCGAGCCACAUGCAGCUUUUUGAUCCUUCUCCUGUAGCUCUUGGCUGGAUACUUCUUGUUACUAGAUCAAAAUUUAAUAUUUGGCUCUAUGCCAUGAAAAGGUUCCUAACUCCUUCUUUAGAGCUAUAAAAUUAAUUACUUGUAUGCAAUAUUCCUUGUUGUAUUCUGAUAAAAAUGAUAAAUUUUAAGUUGUUGCUUUUUUCUUGAUAGGGUUUAGCCACAUUAUAAAUGUUCAUGGCCGUUAUGUAAUGGACACAGAUGAAAUAGGUGGCUAAUUUUGAACACUUUACUUCUUAGAUAGGAAUGGGAGAUCAUCCAGGUAUGCUAAUCUUAUUGGAUGUAAGAUGUUUUUAUUUAUUGAAUCCUCUAUAUCUCUCAUAAAAAAUUAUUAUUUUUUGGCUCAUUUCUCAAUGAAACAAGAUGUAUUGGAAAUAAUUUUUGUUUUUAAAACUGAAUGAAUUUAAAAAAGAUUUUAAAAAUUUAAUUAACUUUUCAAUAUCUUGUUUCAGCUGAGCAGAAAACGGGAUCAUCAACAACAAAGCAUCCUUCAAAUGGUAAACGGAAAAGAAAAUUCUUUUUAACAAAAGAUAAAAAUAUGUAUAACUUGCAGCUUGUAUCAGUUAUAUAUAGAUUAUACAAUUCUUGUUAUUUAAAAAGAAAUGUAUUUUGAAAAUAAAUCUGAAAUAUGUAAAAACUAUAUGUAGCAAAUUUUUUGCUUUUAUUUCUAAUAAGCAAUAUAGUUAUGUUAGUUUAGUAAAAAAAAUGUCUUAAUGUAUAUAUAUAUUUUUUUUUUUUCUGCAAUAGACAAUGCUGGACCCAUUAUUCAAAGUUCCCAUGAGUCUGCAGAAUACCAGCAAGAUCUUCAGGUUGUAUUGGGGACUGCCUUUGGUGUCAUUGCUGUGGUGGGGAUCAUUGCAUUGACAUUUCUGUUGUAUCGCAUCUACAAAUCCAGGCGUGCAGCUCUCUCAUGUAAAUAUUUAAAUUAAAGCAAGGAUUAUUACAAAAUAGCAUUGUGAUACCAUAUUUUAUCAUAGAAAUGUUAAAAAUGUUAAUGUAUGUCAUAUCAAUUUACAACAUAAGUAUUAUACCAUCUCAAAAGAAGGAAAAGAGAUGUCACUUUCAAUAAAAGUGUUUUAGAAGGAUUCUCUGCUUACAGAAUGUAAUUUUUGAUCAAUUGAAAUAUUCGUAGCAGUGUAUUUUAUUUCAUAAUGAGUGUGUCAGGCCUACAAACGUGAUUUUGACAUAUCUUGUCAUUGAUGCAAUCCAUUUUCAUGAAUUGGAUUGACUGCUUUAAAUGAAUCCUACUUGUGUCGUAAUGAAGUCAGUAAAUAGUUCAAUUAUUUUAAUUAGAUAUGAAAAAAAAAAUGACUGCAAGUGUUUUAUUAUAUAUAUAUAUAUUUCAGAUGCACAAAAUGAAAUAUUUGACGCCUUUGAACGUGAUGUGGCUGUUGGUAAGUUGUUGGUACCCAACAUUUAACCAAACAAACAGCCUCACCCCAAAAAAAUUAAAUUGUCUGGCAAUUUACUCAUUUACUGGCAACCAUGAAUUAAACUAUUACAAAAAUAUUAAUUUCAGCUGCUAUUUUCAUCGAAGCUAGACGUAGCAAUAAAAGUUUUGUAAUAAUAUAAGAAUUGGUAUUGCAAGAUAUUAAAAUUUACCUAAACAAUGAGCUCUCCAGUAGUUCAUUCAAUAAUCAUUUUUAAAAGGUUAACGCACUUCAGUUUUAAUUUGUUAAAUUUUAACAUAUAAUUGUUGUAUAUUAUGUGUUUUGAUAAAUUGAACAAACCUAAUACUUAGAUUGCACACCAUCCUAAAAAGUCUUAUAAAAAAUCUCUGUUUCUGGUUCCAAUCCAAAAUAAUAAAAUCAAUAUGGAUUGUGUUAGUGUUUGUUCAUUAAUGCCAAAAGCUACCGGUGGAAAGAUUAUAGAGCUGCCAUCAUUGCUUGUGGUGAUCUAUAAGUUAUAUUUUUAGCACCAUAAGUUAUAUUUUUAGCACUAUCCUUUUGUAAAUGCAAGUUGCUAAAAACUUAAUGCUCAAGUAACCAUCAAAGCAAUAAUCUUGUUAGUAUUUUAAUACAGCUGUUUUUGUUCCUCCCAGAAGUUGACGGGAAGUGUCAACCAGUGGUGUUGUUGCUGUAUGCCAAUGACUGCGCCUUACAUGAAAGGGUUGCGCUGGCCCUGGCAGAAUUCCUCAUGGAGGCCUGCGGGGUGACCGUUGCACUGGACCUCUUUGAAGAAAAUGAAAUCACGGAGAGGGGUGUUGACGACUGGCUGAUUGACAGGCUACAAGAGGCAGACUACAUAAUGGUGCUUUGCUCUCUGGGUGCCAGGCUCAGGUGCUCCAAGAAAAAUGUCAGAUUUAAACCAGAUACCAGACACAUUUUACCAGAUUAUUUUUCUGUGGCCGUGGAUUAUGUUGCAGAGAAAAUGAGGGCAGAAAGACUAAAGGGACUGUCUGUGCAUAAAUUUUUAACAGUGUACAUGGAGUAUUCAACUCGCUCUGAUAUUCCUCCUCAACUUGAAACUGCUUCUCACUUUUGUUUAAUGAAGGACAUACACAAGCUACAUCUUCACCUCAAUGCGCAGGGACCAGACACAGACAAGUCAGAGACCGUCUCCCAGUCCAGCACCUGUGAGAACCACUAUCAUGAGACAGAAACGGGUGCAGUUUUGAAAGCUACCAUAGAGCAAGCAAAGGCAUUUUUUAGAGAGAACCCAUCUUGGAUGGAUGAUCAGCUGGAGCCAGGAAGCAUUGCUGGAUUUUCACUCCGUCGUGCCAAAAACAGGAAGCGGAGAAGGAAUUCAAUGGAGCAACCUCUUCUGACGUUGAUGGGGACGCCACCUGUGGUACACCAGUGUCAACUUUCUGACGUCAGCUUCAAUAACAUGACUAAUGGAGUGACAUGCCCCCAGAAUCCAAGGCCAGAGCACAUUUCAAUCCAGCAUCUCUCACAGGCAGCACAAGAUCCUGGCAGGGUACUAUGCAGUACUUUGCCUCGUACCAGUACCACAUCAUACGUCCUGGAGGCAGGCAGACAUAACCUCUGUAAUAAUGUUGGGAUUUUCCAAAGCCGCCAAAAUUCCCUCCCUUCUUCACUGGCAAGCAGUUGUCUCGCAGUACAGCCUGCUCUUCAUACCUUAUCUAAAAGUAUGGAUAGCUUUGCCCUGGAUAAUACACACCAUCCAGAUGGAUUGCCUUGCCUUUACUGUAACUGUACACACAUGGAUGCCAGGCCUGAAUGCAGACAGUUACAGCAUUACCAAGGGAAGGCAUCCAAAGGGAAGUUCACCUCCACCGACCUCUCGCAACAAGACAGUCAGUCAUCAUUACAUUUUCUGCAAGGGGGGCUCAUCCCAGUCCACUCACCAACAACUAUUCUUCAUGCCGAAGUGCAUCAAGAAUGGGGAAACUCCAACAAGGGCACCCCAGAAAAGAAAUGUGCCACAUUUUCUGGUGACCCUCGAUCCUGGAGCUCUGACCUUGACAUUACAGCCGCAAUGACCCCUUUCCAGUCCCUCCCUCUCCACCUCUCCCCCACCAACCUCCAUUGCAAUGACCACAUAUUGGAAUGGAGCAGCCCAGAUGGAAUGCAGAGAUGGAGGACGGGUCAGGCAAUAGAAGGAUUUCAGAAUGGCACCGGCCGUAAAAGUCACAGAACACUCUCUGAAGUCUCUGUCUCAACAGAUGAUUCCGGC